UGAUAUAUAGAGACUCAGUUAGACACAUCAUAAAAGAAGAUGAGUAAAUAGAACUAGUCAUGAAUCAGAGAAAAACAACAAUGAAUGAGACUGAAAGUUUUUAGGGUUCUUUUCUUUCUUUCUGUUUUCCUUCCUUCUUAUGAUCUUAUCUCUUCUUCUUUGCCAAAAAUCUAAGAAAGAAAUGGUUUUCUUCUUUGGAGUACGCGCCUGUGAUGAACUGAUGAAGCCCAGCCCAUGAAUAGCCGGCCCAAAGUCGGUCAGAUUCUUCAGAGUUUCUUUGUUUUCUCUGUGUAAUAAUCAGUUUAUCUGUAUAUUUCUGUGAAGAGAAAGUAAACCUAGAGGGAGAGAGAAAGAAAAAAUAAAAAAAAAAAUGAAGAGAGAGUAUGAAGAAAGUAGUAGUGGCGGUGGUGGUGGUGGUGGUUUAGGAGGAGGAGGAAUUGGUGGUGGUUCUCGGUCAGGUGGAGGUUUGUAUUCAAUGGUGGAAUCAUCAGUUGGAGGAGGGAAGAGUAAAAUGAUGUGGGAUGAAGAUGAACAACAAGAUGCAGUAAUGGAUGAAUUAUUAGCAGGAUUAGGUUAUAAAGUGAAAUCAUCAGAUAUGGCACAAGUAGCACAGAAAUUAGAACAAUUAGAAAUGGUUAUGCAAGUGAAUAAUAAUAAUGCUAAAGAAGAUGGAUUACUAUCACAUCUCUCAUCAGAUACUGUCCAUUAUAAUCCUGCUGAUCUUGCUACUUGGCUUCAAUCUAUGCUUACCGAAGUUAAUCCUGAUAAUUUUGAUCCACUCAGUAAUAUUCUUCCUCCUCAACAACAAUUAUUCGAUGAUCCUUUUAAUAAUAUUCUUCCUCAACAACAAGAAAUACCUGAAUCUUCAAUUAUUACUAGUCUUGAUUUCUCUAAUUCAAGACAGAUCUAUGAAGAAACUACUUCUGAUUAUGAUUUAAGAGCAAUUCCAGGUGGUGCAAUUUGUGAACCUGAUAAAAAGAGAUUAAAACCAUCGUCGCCACCGCUACCAGCAACAACUGCAUCUGGAUCAGGUUCAGCUUCAUCGUCAUCAUCAUCAGCAAUAGUUACAGUAGGAGGAGGAGGUGGUAUUGGAAUUGGAUCUUCCGCAGCGAGUCUUACAACUGAGUCAAGUCGUCCUGUUGUCUUAGUCGAUUCUCAAGAAGCAGGAAUACGUCUCGUUCAUACUCUAAUGGCCUGCGCAGAAGCUGUUCAACAAGAAAAUUUAACAGUGGCGAGUCAACUUGUCAAACAAAUCGGCUUGCUUGCUGUUUCUCAGGCUGGUGCCAUGAGGAAAGUAGCUACUUACUUCGGUGAAGCCCUAGCUCGUCGAAUUUACAGUCUGUACCCUCAAGAGUCCCUUGAUUCAUCCUUUUCAGAAAUCCUCGAGAUGCACUUUUAUGAAACUUGUCCGUAUCUCAAAUUCGCUCAUUUCACUGCUAAUCAAGCCAUUUUAGAAGCUUUCGAAGGUAAAAGUCGUGUUCAUGUUAUUGAUUUCAGUAUGAAACAAGGUAUGCAAUGGCCGGCUCUAAUGCAAGCUUUAGCAUUAAGACCUGGCGGUCCUCCGGCUUUUCGAUUAACAGGUAUCGGUCCACCCCAACCUGAUAAUACUGAUGCUUUGCAACAAGUUGGUUGGAAAUUAGCUCAAAUUGCUGAAGCUAUUCAUGUGGAAUUUGAAUAUCGUGGUUUUGUCGCCAAUUCUCUAGCUGAUCUUGAUGCGUCAAUGUUAGAUAUUCGUCCUAGCGACGUUGAAACCGUUGCGGUUAAUUCAGUUUUCGAACUCCAUCGAUUACUCAAUCGAUCAGGUGCAAUCGACAAGGUAUUAACUUCAAUUAAAGAAAUGAAACCAAAAAUUGUUACAAUUGUGGAACAAGAAGCAAAUCAUAAUGGACCAGUAUUUAUGGAUCGUUUUACUGAGUCAUUACACUAUUACUCAACUCUGUUCGAUUCGUUAGAAGGUUGUGGUAUGUCUCCAGUUGAUAGCCAAGAUCAGUUAAUGUCUGAAGUUUAUUUGGGUCGUCAGAUCUGUAAUGUUGUAGCUUGUGAAGGCAUUGAUCGAGUUGAAAGACAUGAGACACUGAGUCAAUGGAAAGGGAGAUUAGAAUCGUCGGGUUUUGCACCUGCUCAUCUUGGUUCUAAUGCUUUUAAACAAGCUAGUAUGUUGUUAGCUUUGUUCGCUGGUGGCGAUGGUUACAGAGUUGAAGAAAAUAAUGGUUCUCUUAUGUUAGGUUGGCAUACUCGUCCUCUCAUUGCUACUUCGGCUUGGCAACUUGAUUCUCAGUAAGUCCUUCAGAGCUAAGUUUGUUCUUCUACCAUGUGAGAAAAUGAAUCCACACUCCAAUGUGAGUUUUUUUUUUCUUUUAUCUUUGUUACUACUCCUUAGGUAAUUUUUUUGGUUAAGUCUCUUUUUCGUGUUGUUUUAGUUUUUUUUCCGUCAUGCCUCAAGUUCUCAACUAAAAUGGUGGUUGUAUUGUAUUCUAUAUAUUUCCCUAAUAAAGUAGAAAAUUUAAUUUUUCUUUUU